GUUCCAAAAUUCUCAAUUCCCCCUUUCUUUUCCUUUCCUUUCUCCAGAGGAAAAAAAAAAUGGAGUCUUUUAAGAUAACUUCUCUUCUUUUCAUUUGCAUGCUUUCCCUUUCCUCUCUUACUCCCAUUCUUGGUUGUAACUAUUGUGGUAAACCUCCAAACAAGCCCAAAAAGCCCAAAACUCCCUCUCCAAGUGUCAAGCCCCCUAUUAAUUUGCCACCUAUUGGAGUUCCACCAAUUGUAAAACCACCCAUCAAGUUGCCACCAAUUGAAAAACCACCCAUUAAGUUGCCACCUAUUGGAGUUCCACCUGUCACAGUUCCACCUAAGUUGCCACCAGUUGGAGUUCCACCAAUUGUAAAACCACCCAUCAAGUUACCACCAAUUGGAAUUCCUCCCAUCAAGUUGCCACCAGUUGUAAAGCCACCCAUUGAUUUACCACCAGUAGUUCCACCAGUUGUAAUGCCACCAACUACUAAACCAAUUGUACCAUCACCAACUACUGCACCAUGUUCACCACCAACAAGUACUCAGGCAACAUGCCCAAUUGACACAUUGAAACUUGGUGCAUGUGUGGAUCUUCUUGGUGGGCUUGUUCAUAUUGGAGUUGGUGACCCUGCUGUUAAUGAAUGUUGUCCAAUUCUUAAGGGACUUGUUGAACUUGAAGCUGCCGCUUGCCUUUGCACAACACUUAAAGUCAAACUACUUAACCUUAAAAUCUAUGUCCCUCUUGCUCUUCAACUCCUUGUUACUUGUGGGAAGAAUCCACCACCUGGCUACACUUGCUCCGUCUAGAUUUAAGUUCCAAGCUAUGAUUUGAAGAAUUGCAUGGAUCGACAUGAGAGGAUGUCGAAUUUAUGAUUUAUUUAAUUUCUCUCCCUCCAAAUUGUAUUUUAGUUUGUGUAUUGCUGCUAUUGUUUACUUUUGGCAUUACUGAAUUGCAAUUCAUUAAUGAAAUUAUUUCAGUGUAUUGUUUCAA